ACCUUUAAAAAAUUCUCACCCCUGUUGGGUUAGAAAAUUGCAACUGAUGGAACCUUCCGAGCGUUUGAAGUGAAGCAAUUGAAAAGCAAUCAAAAGUCAAUUUAGCGGUUCAUGAGGUCAAGGUUGUCUUCUUCAUUGUUCAACUUCUUUCUUCGCAGUUUAUUUGAUUUUGGGUUCGUGAAAUAGUUCCAUUCUCUUCGUUUUCUGAACUCUCUCAAGGAAAAACCAUUAAGUUAUUGGAUUACUUUGUUUCAUUUACAUUAAAGCCAAUUUUGACAUUCUAGCUCUCGGGAAAAAUGUUUGGUUCAAAGAAGGUUCAUUUUAGGAUAGGAAAACAUAGUUCUACCCCAAACCCUUUUGAGUCUGAUGAUGAUGUUAAAGCUAAGCAAAACCUGGUUUCUUCACAAAGAACUUCCUCAGACCCUUCAUUACUGACGGAGAAGUUUAGUUCCAAUCCUUUUGAUGAUGAUCAUGGACAUGCCCCCUCAUCUUCAAGUUCAAUAACUUGGUCAGAAAGGAACAAGUACAAGAAUGAUUUUCGUGACUCAGGAGGAAUAGAAAACCAAUCGGUACAGGAACUGGAGAAUUAUGCUGUUUAUAAAGCUGAGGAGACAACAAAAGCAGUGAAUGGCUGUUUAAAGAUUGCUGAAGAGAUAAGGGAAGAUGCUACUCAAACUUUGGUUGCAUUACAUCACCAGGGUGAGCAAAUUACCAGGACUCAUAUGGUUGCUGCUGACAUUGAUUACGAUCUCAGUCGGGGAGAGAAGCUGCUGGGAAAUCUAGGAGGAAUGUUCUCUAAGACUUGGAAGCCAAAGAAAACUCGACCAAUCUCGGGACCUAUUAUAAGCUCAGAUGAAGUAAGAAGAAAGGGCAACCACUUAGAGCAGAAGGAAAGGUUAGGAUUGACUCAUCAUAAGGAGCGGACCAGUACAAAAGCUGCAUUUGCUGAACCUACCAAUGCAAUUCAAAAAGUUGAGGUAGAAAAGAUGAAGCAAGAUGAUGCACUAUCUGACAUGAGCGAUAUCUUGGUACAGCUGAAGGAAAUGGCUGUUGACAUGGGUAGUGAAAUGGACAGGCAGAACGUUGCUCUGGAUCGUGCUUCUGUUGAUGUUGAGGUGCUUGGUGACCGAGUUAAAGAUGCCAACCGACGCGGUCGUCGUUUGCUUGGAAAAUAGAGUUCAAGGUCCUCACAGUUGCAGAUUGGCCGACUGAUGCUUAUUUGCAUCUUCCAUUUUCUUGGCUUUGUAUUCUUUUUCCUUUGAGAAAUAGAUAUUGUGUGCCCCCUGUUCUUGAUGACAUUUUUUUUAUUUGAGAUCAAUAAAUACUUCAUUAGUACUAGAA